CGUCAGCAGAGCGCGUUCGUGGUUAUGGAUUCCGAAGCUGUCCGUGGCCGUCACACCUAGUGAUUGCGGAGAGCGCGGACAGCUGCAGGAAGCGGCGCACGCGCGGCGAUGAUGCACGGCGGCCCUUUGUGAGCACGAACCCAUGGAUACAUGCUAAACUGCUAACGGAUCAGGUUCACUGGCUGGGGACAGGUGAUAAUCAGCCGAACGAGAGUCGGCCACAGCCAGGGUCGAAUGUGACUCUAUGUGUGAUUCCAUUGAGAAAUUACAGGUUGGUGUCUUCAACCAUCCAUCCAUCUUGUGACCGCUUAUCCAGCUCAGGGUUGUGGUGGGUACCUGGAGUCUACCCCAGGUGGCAGAGGGCACAAGGCUGGGGCACAGUAUGGGCAGGAUGUGAUGGAUGGCAAAAUAUGAAUUUGUGUAACUGAUAUUUAAAUGCUACUGCUGCCGCAGCAAGAAAUACCACUGCCUGGAUUGUAUGAUGAAUGCACAGGCAGCAUAAUACGGCACUUCUUGGCACAAAAGCCUUUGUGAUGCCAAAUGGAUACACUCGGCUUUCCAAGGUGUAGGUACAAUCAAAUCAUAGUCCAGAGGUUUCAUAAAAGCGGCAUGUGUUAAUUAAGCUGGAUGUAAUGGGAGGGGCAAAACAUAUCGCAGUUUUAACAUUGCACAGAUGUCGAGGAUGAGUGUUACUUACAUGUGACGUCCGUGUUCCUUGAGAAAUUACAGUAUAAAAAUAGUAACUAUCAGAGCAGAGGAAACUGCUCUAGAGUUACAGCUCCACAGUUAGGGUUAAAAAUCGCUUGACUGUAACUAACUGAUUAUCAAAACGCCACUGCUUGAUUCAGGCUAAUAAAACUUCAAAAUAAAGAAAGAUUACAAUAUACUUUCAUUGAAAAUGUAUUGUUCCUGCAGCUGGAGACCGGGGCCAUGGCAUUUCAAGAAAACGGCUGUAGUUCUAGCAUCCCUUGCUGUCUGUGACUCCCCCCCCCCCAGCGCUAGUGCUUGGCUGGUGAUCUGGGUGCCUGUGUAGCCAUCUGAAGGGAAAGAACGCCCCAGGAUUCUGGGACACAACUGAUACUCGUGGGAAACAUAAUCUACCACUGCAUGCUCUGCUUUUCUGCCUUAAGCAUCAGAACUGGGCAAAGGUAGGAUUUACAUUUCUAAACCUCACUCACGACCUAAAGCUAAUUCCCAUUUGCUGAAGAUGAUCUGGUGUGUGUGCCCGUUUAGAUUUUUGGUCUGCCACUUCUUAAGAAAUAAUUAAAAGUUGCAUUUUUUCUUACUUUAUUAGCCAACUUUUAAUUUUGUGGUAUUGGUCAACAACAACAAGAAAUGUUGUUUACUUAGAAUUCUUAAGUGGACCUAUGUUAAUAAUGUAUAUCCCAGACAGGAAGGUUGAGGAAGGGAAAAAAUAAACAAUUUGCUAUCGUUGUUUUAGUUUUGAUCUUAGAACAUUUAGCAGGAAGAAAGUUUCUUAUUUAGGGAGACUAAAGCCAGAGACCGGACUCGGUGGGCUGCAUCCAGUUUGCAUUUCAUGGGCUGAGAUUCUAUGGGCAAAAUACAGUGCCUGUUAGCAAAACAAACCGCCAAGCAACCCCCAGAGUAAAGACUUAGACAGAGGGAAAAGAUCUGGGGGGAUGGGGGGAGUAUCAGAACAAGGGCCAAUCAAAGACUGUUAUUUUAAUCUGCUAGGCCCCGAAGAUUAACGGAUCACAUUGUUUUAAUUGUUUUAAUAGGAAGGAGAGGAACGCCCGUUUAUUGAGGGGGAAUCCUUGCCGCAAACCUACCAAGUUCAAUAGUUUCAAAAACUCGAGCCCUUGGACCCCCAAGCCCCCAUCCUCGGACUUUUUUUUAACCUCAUCCCACCUAAUCCAGGCUAAUGCCUUUCUUUCUAUUGGCUAAUGGUUGAGGGAAACUGGAGUUAAUGCUUCUUAAAUAGUCGAGGGUGAGAAUGUGCCAUGAAGAACCUUAAUCCUAACCCGACAAACGCAGUACGGAGAGAAGAUACUGAGGCCGCAGCACUAAUUCAGCUGCACUAUCCGACCAACAUCUGAAACAGCUGUUACAUGCGCGCAGUAUCCUAAUCGCCGAAAACGUCCAUAGCGCAUUCCGCAGCUGCCGAUAUGAAUUCCAUAUAUUUCUGUGGAAGAUCGGGGACCAGCGGUGCCGGCGGCGCUUAUCCGCAACACGGCGUCAGUUCCCUGGCUGUUAUUUACGACCUGCACCGCCAGAUGGCAGGACAGCACCGGAUUACCUCCACGGGCAGCCCUUCGGGUCACACCAUCUCAGUUGCCGAGAGAUUAGCAGAGCUGAUCCUGGAAGCACGUUACGGGAAUCAGCAGAAGCAGCGUCGCAGUCGCACGGCCUUCACUGUCUCGCAGCUGCAGGCUCUGGAGAAGGCCUUCCAGCAGACGCAGUACCCGGAUGUGGGCAUGAGAGAGAGGCUGGCCGUCUGCAUAAACCUACCUGAGGCACGUAUCCAGGUGUGGUUCAAAAACCGACGGGCCAAGUUCCGCAAAGGCCAGCGGUUUGGUCCUGCUCAGAGGGAGAGGUGUGCAGAUGAGCCCCAUCACACGCAGGAAGGAAGCGAAGAGGACAAGGCAGGAGACAUGGACUCCAAGCUGUUGAGCAAAGCUUCUCCUUUCAGGGCCAUCGGUGAUGGGUCUGUCGAGCCUGUUUCUGUAGAUCCUGGGACAGCCCACCCUUAUGUAGGCCACCUCACCCCCACAGUGUCUCCCUUUGGUGGACGGGACUCUCACCCCCACAUGCAGAAUCAUCAUUCUUUGGGAGUAUUUUCAGCUGGCCUGCAUUUCACCCCUGGAUUCUGGCCUCUGUACCAGCCGCAAAACAGCCCGGCGUUUGGCCUCGCUCCUAUAGGUGGUGGCCGCAGCUUCACGUUUCACGCCGUGACUCCUGGCGCAGUCCCACCACGCUCACAGCUGGACUUGUAGCGCAGCCCCAACCAGCACAUGGUAGCUGGCACUUGGGGGGGGGGGGGGGUUCACGUGUGCAGAUGAAGAGGACGACAAGGAGAAGUGGAAAUGGUGAAAUCCUCCUGUAGCUUUCAAACAGCACAGGGAAUGUUUUAGCAAAUCCUGAAGUGUUAAUUAUAUCCCGGCCCUACGUUAGAUAAAUGAGACCUUUGUGCUGCUGAAUUACUGGCACUUUCACAUGUACUGUUUACUUAGCAGUUGUUCUUAUAUCAAUAACACAGCUCUGAAUGAAAGCUCUCUGAGCUCGGUCUGUUUUCAGGCUAUAAUAGCUGCCCUAUCUAGGCGUUGCCCAUGUCAUGGUGUCAGUCGAUAAUGCAAAACAGAGGAUGCCGAAUACUUAAGUGGGACUGAUGCAGAGGUGAGUGACCAACAGACUUGGUAUGAACUCUUUAUGACAGCAUAGAUACCUAGUCUAGUACUAGUACUAGUACCUUAUUCAUCUAUAACAUCUGUGCACCAGAAGCCACGAUAUCAAAUUUCUUUACUUAAUAAAAUGUUUCUGUAGCAUU